AAAGACUGUUAGGCUAUUUCUGGAACAUUCUUCGGUAUUCUAAAAUGAUCACAAUCCACCACAAUAAAAUACCCACCACCAUACACACAUAUAUAAACAACAUUAAUUUAUCAUCAUUUAUCACCAACUUCAAUCAAAAGCUCAAGAGAGUCUCAAGCCAGUCGGUGGAAAAGCUUUGAGCUUAGCUUUUGUUUCCCUUAGCAACACACAGAAAAGAAGAAGAAGAAUAUAAUCCACCAAAGAAAAGUGAAGAAGAGAAAAAGAGAAGAAUCUCAGACAGAAAAUAUGGGAGUGGAUUACUACAAGAUACUGCAAGUCGAUCGAAACGCCAAAGACGACGACUUGAAGAAAGCUUACAGAAAACUGGCCAUGAAAUGGCACCCUGAUAAGAACCCAAAUAACAAGAAGGAAGCCGAAGCCAAAUUCAAGCAAAUUUCUGAAGCUUAUGAGGUUUUGAGUGAUCCCCAGAAAAGAGCAGUAUAUGAUCAAUACGGCGAAGAGGGGCUAAAGGGUCAAGUGCCGCAGCCAGACGCCGGAGGACCCGGCGGCGGAGCGACGUUCUUCUCGACCGGAGAAGGGCCGACGUCGUUCCGGUUCAACCCCAGAAGCGCCGACGACGUCUUCUCCGAGUUUUUCGGGUUUUCGAGCCCCUUCGGAGGAGGAGGCACGAGGGGUUCUUCGAGAUUCUCAAGUGGGAUUUUCGGAGACAACAUUUUCGGAUCCUUUGCGGAAGCGGCUGCCGGCGGCGGCGGCGGCGGUUCCAUAAAUUAUGGAGCUCCGAGGAAGGCUCCUCCGAUUGAGAUAAAGUUGCCAUGUAGUCUUGAGGAGCUCCACAAGGGGACUACCAAGAAGAUGAAGAUCUCUAGGCAAAUUGCUGAUAUUAGCGGGAAGACGAUGCAAGUGGAAGAAAUAUUAACCAUUGACAUAAAGCCUGGCUGGAAGAAGGGUACAAAGAUCACCUUCCCAGAGAAAGGAAACGAACAACCGAAUGUCAUCCCUGCGGAUCUGGUCUUUAUCAUCGAUGAGAAGCCCCACGGCGUGUUCACUCGUGAUGGAAACGACUUGGUUGUGACACAGAAGAUAUCUCUAGCCGAGGCCCUGACCGGUUACACUGUUCACCUGACAACCUUGGAUGGUAGGAACUUGACUAUCCCAAUCAACAGUGUAAUUCAUCCAAACUAUGAGGAGGUUGUGCCGAGGGAAGGAAUGCCAAUCCCCAAAGAUCCAACAAAUAAGGGCAGCCUGAGAAUCAAGUUCAAUAUCAAGUUCCCUGUAAGGCUGACGGCAGAGCAGAAGGCUGGAAUCAAGAAACUAUUGGGUUCUUGAGAUUCAUGGCAUAGGCCAUUG